AUGUUGAAGGCAAACCUCCAGAUAGUGGGCGCCAGCACCAAGAGCUGGGAGGAGCUGGCUGCUGAUGCCCUGGCUGAGAUCCUCAGCGUGAAGGACAUCAGCGGGCGGAAGCUUUUCUACGUGCACUACAUUGACUCUUCCUUCCCCCCACCCACCCCCAACCCCCUCCACGACGUGAGGAAGAGCCUGGAUCUGUCUCUACAGCCGGCCUCGGCCCCGGCCAGCGGCAAAUCGCUGCCCAUUCCGGUGCAGAUAACCCUCCGCUUUAACGUGCCCCGGGAGCGGGAGGCCGUCCCAGAGGAGGCCAGCCAGCCGCUCGCAUCCAGCUCCUGCGGCCAGCCGGCCCACCGCAACACGAAGCGGAAGGUGGAGGUGGUCUCCCCAGCCACCCCUGUCCCUGUGACCACAGAGACCACACAAGCCUCCGUGUUCCCCCAAAACGGCUCGGCCAGGAGAGCUGUGGCUGCCCAGCCCGGCCGGAAGCGGAAGUCUAACUGCCUAGGCACGGAUGAGGACUCCCAGGACAGCUCGGACGGGAUCCCCUCAGCCCCGCGCAUGACGGGCAGCCUGGUGUCGGACCGGAGCCACGACGACAUCAUCACCCGCAUGAAGAACAUUGAGUGCAUCGAGCUGGGCCGGCACCGCCUCAAGCCCUGGUACUUCUCGCCCUACCCCCAGGAGCUGACAGCUCUGCCCGUGCUCUACCUCUGCGAGUUCUGCCUCAAGUAUGGCAAGAGCCUCAAGUGCCUUCAGAGGCACCUGACCAAGUGUGACCUACGGCACCCACCCGGCAACGAGAUCUACCGCAAGGGAACCAUCUCCUUCUUUGAGAUAGACGGGCGGAAAAACAAGAGCUACUCCCAGAACCUGUGCCUGCUGGCAAAGUGCUUCCUGGACCACAAGACCCUCUACUACGACACCGACCCCUUCCUCUUCUACGUCAUGACUGAGUACGACUGCAAGGGCUUCCACAUUGUCGGCUACUUCUCCAAGGAGAAGGAGUCCACGGAGGACUACAACGUGGCCUGCAUCCUCACGCUGCCCCCCUACCAGCGCCGUGGCUAUGGGAAGCUUCUCAUUGAGUUCAGUUAUGAGCUGUCCAAGGUGGAAGGGAAAACAGGCACCCCCGAAAAGCCACUGUCGGACUUGGGGCUUCUCUCCUACCGCAGCUACUGGUCCCAGACCAUCCUGGAGAUCCUCAUGAACCUGAAGUCCGAAAAUGGGGAGAGACCCCAGAUCACCAUCAAUGAGAUCAGUGAGAUCACCAGCAUCAAGAAGGAGGACGUCAUCUCCACCCUGCAGUACCUGAACCUCAUCAACUACUACAAGGGCCAGUACAUCCUGACGCUCUCAGAGGACAUCGUGGAUGGGCACGAGCGUGCCAUGCUCAAGCGCAUCCUGCGCAUCGACUCCAAGUGCUUGCACUUCACCCCCAAGGACUGGAGCAAGCGGGGCAAGUGGUGAGGCCCCGCCCCUCCUGGCAGGGGGAGGGGCUAGGAGACCGCACCUCCAUCAGGGGCACAGCUCCCCCCAUCACCCAUUGUAUAUAGGACUCUGGCCUGGCCCCCCAGCAGGCCUGCCAACGCACAAGCCCCCUGACAUGGGGACCCCAGCGUCCAGGUGGCGCCCUGUGAUGUUUCCCCCACCCCUUUAAAUGUUUUGAUAAAAGAUCCUGGAUUAAAGUCGGACAGAACCGGAAGCUGUGUACAAGGAAGGGGGGCACAUAACAGCAGGCCCCUGCAGCAGUCUGAGUCCCUCCCCCCACAGAAGCGCAGGAUUGUGGGGA